CUCCGUCCAUAAAAAACACGUCUCAGAUCACGAUCAGUUCAUAGACAGACUCACCGGCGAACAGUUCGUUAGAGGCAAUAAAUUAAAUGAGAUUCUACUUGUUCUACUCCUAUCUCUGCGCAGGCCUUACGCUCUUGGCAGCCCUUGUGGCAUGCCAAGCCUCCGAGGAGAUUUACCAAAUGCUGGCUAAGGAUCAUGCCAGCAAGAAUCUCAUCAUCUCCCCCUUCUCCAUCGAUACCAUACUCAGCCUGGUCUACAUGGGAGCUGCAGGUGCUACGGCCACAGAGCUGCAAAGCUAUCUUAAAUUACCGUCAAAGGACAAGCAACUGGUGGCCAGCAAAUACAAGGCGGUCCUCGACGACCUCCUCCAGGCACGAGCGGAUGGUCCCACCCUGAAGCUGGCCAACCGCAUUUAUGUGAAUGAUCGUUUUCGUUUGAGGGAGGAGUACAACCAGGUGGCUCGUGACGCUUUUCACGCUGAUGCACAGAUGUUUAGCCUCGACGGCGGCGUGGAUCCGACAGAGAGCAUCAACAAGUGGGUACUAGACCAGACGAACGGCGAGAUUGUGGAUCUUCUGUCCCCCAACAGCCUCACGUCCGACGUGAUGGCAGUGCUGGUGAAUGCCAUCUACUUCAAGGGCGAGUGGCAGUCAAAGUUCGAUGCCAAUGACACCCAGGAGGCCAAUUUCUGGGUGACGGCCGAAGAAACGGUUCCCGUUCAGAUGAUGUCUCAAACGGGUGACUUCAAGGUUGGCUACUUCAACGAUCUCCAGGCAGGGGUGAUAGAGUUGCCGUACCUCAACUCCAACCUGUCCAUGUUCCUGUUCCUGCCCAGGACACGCGAUGGCCUCAGCGCUAUGGAAGGGAAGAUCUCUGGCUUCUCGCGGCGCCUGCAUCAUAUGGAGGCUGUCGUAAGGCUGCCCAAGUUCAAAAUAGAGUUCGGCGAAGACCUCAAGGAAACACUGCAAAAGCUGGGCAUCCGAGAGCUGUUCACUGACCACUCCGAUCUGAGCGACCUAUUCGCUGAUAUGGCCAAUGGGAAGAUCAGCAAAUUCGCCCACAAAGCGGUUCUGGAAGUCAACGAGGAGGGGGCCGAGGCCACUGCUGCCACGUAUGGAAUGAUUACCAAUCGGUCGGGCUUCACCAUGUCGUUUACGUUCGAUCGUCCCUUUGCUUUCGUCAUACGCGAUCAGAGAACAAUCUACUUCCAGGGUCAUGUGGUCAGCCCGAUGACGAUCAAAUUAAAAAUCUUUGGGUAUAUAAAGGAACACGGAACUUGGGGUAAUUCAUUCAGCCUCAUCAUGUUGGCAUCCAAGGCCACGUUUUCACUUUUUCUGCUCCUGAGCUCUGUGCUUAUCAUGGCCAAGUCCAUUAACAAUUCCAGCAGCUCCGCAGGCGAUGGAAAGUUUUCCUUAGAGCUGUUCGGUCACCUGGCGAAGUCUGAGGCUGGUGGAAAUCUUGUGUUCUCCCCAUCGUCCAUCAGGACAGGCCUGGCAUUGGCCUAUCUGGGCUCCGGCGGCACCACUGCCGAGGAGCUGAAACAAGGCCUCGCAUUGGAGGGAGCCGACAAGAAUGAGGUGGCCCAACGAUUCGCUCAGCUCUUGGCUAAAGGACAACGAAAGGCAGAUCAGGAUGAGGAUGUUGUUCAGUUCAACUAUGCCAACCGAAUCUACGUGGCCGAGCGCUUCCGGCUGGCUCAAAGCUAUCAAGAGUUGGCCGCUAAAGACUUUAACGCAGCUGCCGAGAAUGUGAACUUCGCACAAGGCACUAAAGCAGCCCUGAAAAUCAAUUCCUGGGUGGAGGAGCAGACCCAUAAUCAAAUCAAGGACCUUAUCAGCGCCGACACCCUCGACGCGGACACGGUCGCCAUCCUGAUCAAUGCGAUCUACUUCAAAGCCGACUGGGUGAAUAGUUUCGCCGAGUAUAGGACGGAUCUGCAAGACUUUGCCAGCCCUACUGGAGUGAAGGUCAAGGUGAACACCAUGUAUCAGACUGACUUUUUCAGGUACGGCGAGCUGUCCGCUCUGAAAGCAAAGGCAUUGGAAAUGCCCUACAAAGGCACGGACAUUGUGUUCCUGAUCAUUCUGCCUCUGGAGGAGCAGGGACUGCCUGCACUUGAGCAAAGGCUGAGCGGACUGAACCUGAACGAGAUUAGUUCGCAGCUGAGCAGGCAGAUGGUGGAGCUGCAGCUGCCCAAAUUCAAGUUCGAGUUCGAUGUCUCCCUGAAGCCUGUGCUGAAGCAGAUGGGCAUCGAGACCCCGUUCGGUACACAAGCCAACUUCAGCAGCCUGCUGCAGACACCGGACCCCCUGACGAUAUCCGAGGUGAGGCACAAGGCUCUCAUCGAGGUAAACGAGAACGGAACCACUGCCAGUGCGGCCACCGCUGUCAAGUUCUCACUGGAGUCUGCGUUCGCGGGAGAAGUACAACAGUUUACCGCGGACCACCCCUUUUUCUUUGCCAUCAAGGACGCGCAGAGCACCUACUUCCUGGGUCAUGUUAACCAGCCCUCAGUUUGAAGUUUAGCUGCGAUAACUUUAUCCAAUAAAUUGACUGAAACUUAACAAGUUUCUGCAGUCAAUAAAUGUCAUCUUCGGUGACAAGCGCAA